GUGCGUCUUCCACCCCGAGAACAUGUUGCGUUUUUGUUCGCGUGGAAACACAUUUUAGAUUGAGCUCUGCUCCUGUGAAUGAAAGACCCUCCCUUGUUGCUGCGACGCCUGGUUCUUCAGACCGUCAUCACAAGUGAUCCGCUUCAAUGGGACUUCGGACUAUUCAAAGCACCAUCGAUUGUGCAUACCUUUUUAAAGGCUACUGGAAUUGCUGAAGGCAAGAUCUGCUGCUGGUUCGUCUGUGCGUUCUCAAAGAAAACGGAUGUGUAGCGCGGUUUUUUUUCCCUAGGGGAAGCUGUAACACAAUAGGGACGCUGGAGUUAUGAAGGCUCGACGGAUGACUGGCGCUGUCCGUUCAGCACCACCUUGCGCCCAGUGACACCAUAAAAAAACCUUCCUGACGCCCUCAAACUCGAGCCGGGGGGUCGGGAUAUUGGGGUAUUGGAGGGAAAACGCGUUCGCAUCUUAGAAGUCAUUCAAGGGUUUUGGAAUUCUAUUGUUGGCAUGGACACUUUGAGGCGCACCUGGCACGAUCGUAAACACAUUUGAAUUUCUGAACAUGGGUUCCAGCGGUAUGAUGACGGUCCACGGUUUGGAGAUAUGACUAGAGAGGUACGCGAUGGGCCAAGGGGACGACAAGGAUCGCAUCGUGAUCAACGUCGGAGGAAUCAAGCACCAGACCUACCGCAGCACCCUGCGCACCCUGCCCGGCACUCGACUCUCCUGGCUGGCGGAGCCCGACGCGCCUAAUAACUUCGAUUAUGAUGCGAACAUCGGGGAGUUUUUCUUCGACCGUCACCCCGGCGUUUUCGCCCACAUCCUUAACUAUUAUCGCACGGGCAAGCUGCAUUGCCCGGCGGACGUGUGUGGACCUUUGUAUGAGGAGGAGCUGGCGUUUUGGGGGAUCGACGAGACAGACGUGGAACCGUGUUGCUGGAUGACCUACCGGCAGCAUCGAGAGGCGGAGGAGGCUUUGGACAGCUUCGCCGGGGUUGCUCUGGAUCUCGGGCAUGAAGACCCGGAGCCUGAGGGGGUUGCUGAGGCGGCCGAGGGGGAUGAGGGUGUUGAGAUGACCCGGAGACUGGCGCAAGGCGACUCGCCCGAUAACAGGUCCGGGCGCUGGAGCAGAUGGCAGAAGAAGACGUGGGCGCUCUUUGAGGACCCGUAUUCCUCAAAAUACGCACGGUGGGUAGCAUUUGCAUCCUUGUUCUUCAUUUUGAUGUCCAUUACCACAUUCUGUUUGGAGACUCAUGAGGCCUUCAAUCCCAUCAUCAACCGCACAGAGACUUACAUGGUGGGCAAUGAAACACGGGAGCGUGUCUUUCCCGAGACGGAGACUAUGGUGCAGUUAACCUACGUUGAGGGUGUCUGCGUUGUGUGGUUCACUUUUGAGUUUCUAAUCCGAGUGACUACCUGUCCAAACAAAUUAAAAUUUGUCAGAAAUGCCCUCAACAUCAUUGACUUUGUGGCCAUCCUCCCCUUCUACCUGGAGGUAGGGCUGAGUGGACUCUCCUCCAAAGCAGCAAAAGACGUGUUGGGUUUCCUCCGUGUGGUGCGAUUCGUUCGAAUUCUCCGUAUAUUCAAGCUGACGCGACACUUUGUGGGUUUGCGUGUACUAGGGCACACGCUCCGUGCCAGUACCAAUGAAUUUAUCCUCCUUAUUAUUUUCCUUGCACUCGGAGUCUUAAUCUUUGCCACUAUGAUCUACUAUGCUGAACGUUUUGGAAGAAACCUCAACGAUCCUGACGCCAGUAGUGGCACACACUUCAAGAACAUCCCCAUUGGCUUCUGGUGGGCUGUGGUAACGAUGACAACCCUCGGCUAUGGCGAUAUGUACCCUCAGACGACGUCCGGCAUGCUGGUGGGCGCACUGUGCGCCCUGGCAGGUGUGCUGACGAUCGCCAUGCCUGUACCUGUAAUCGUGAACAACUUCGGCAUGUACUACUCCCUAGCCAUGGCGAAACAAAAACUACCAAAGAAAAAAAAUAAGCAUAUCCCACGAGCACCUCAACUGGGGUCUCCCAACUACUGCAAGUCAGCGAUUAACUCCCCGCGACCCAGCACACACAGUGACACAUGCCCCCUGGCACAGGAAGAGGUUUCCGAGAUCAGAUACCAAGGUUAUGAAAAGCCAUGGAGCCAUAGCAGCAUGUCUGGAGGCGUGGCCUCAGUGUCGGCCCUGCCCUGCAGCCCACCCUGUCUCAUGCAGCAGGUCCACUCUCCCAUCCCAUCCAUCCUGUAG